AUGGAGCGGUUCGUCCGAUACACCAACUCGUCCUUUAACGUCCUGGAUCUACUGUUUCACUGCGAGUAUCUCGUGCUGGUCGAGUACGUCGAAUGCGUCGUACCGUUCGUCUACCUGGCGUAUAAAUUCGUACUGGAGCAGUUGCCGAACGUGGUGUACUACCCUGGUGGCGUGGGCAACUGGGGCACGAGCGCAGUAACUAAUCUGCUUGGGUAUGGGAUGCUGGAAGUCGGUUCGCUCGUUCUUGUCAACGCUUUCUUGCGGCACAAGUUUGGGUUCUCGCCGCUGCACCAGCUAGCGUUCGUGUUGGAGACCCAGUUCUACGCUGUACAAACAACGCUGUUUUCACUCAUGCUUUUUGCGCUUCAGUACCAGCUCGCGCAGCUAGGUGUUGACUUCACCUUUCGCUUCGAGUGGCUUCGAUGA